CUCGUUCGUGGAAGAUGGCACCAUGCGAUUUCCUGUUUACUUCAUCGCACGGCGUUGAUUUGGAGGCGAAAGAGCUGGCUUGUGACCCUGGUUGAGCAUAGGCUCCCCCGCCAUGCGACAAAAUUGCAUAAGAGGAUUAAAUAACUCCAUGUUCCCGGAUUCUGGUUUUGCAUACUGGGAGACUUUUCUCGAUCCCUGAAAUUGCACAUUUCCUAAACAGCGGGCGACUUCUGAUCUCGUCGCCGAAUCUGUAGCCAUGGCCGCUGCACCUUCAGACACCAAAGGCCAAAGCCUCAAUGCGACAGACAUCAACCCUCCUUCCGAGCGGCGCGGCUCUCUUGUCGUCGAUACCGCGCUCGCAAGUGAAGAAGAUGCCGCGGUUCUAGCAAAGAUGGGAUACAAACAAGAGCUCCGCCGGAACUUCAGCAUGCUCGAGGUCUUCGGGAUCGCCUUUGCUAUCAUGGGCUUGCUUCCUUCCAUCGCGAGUACACUCGCCUAUUCGAUCCCCGCUGGACCCGUGGGCUUGGUUUGGGGCUGGUUCCUAGCUUCGGGCUGGAUCUUCAUUGUCGGCCUAGCCAUGAGCGAUCUGGCAAGCUCGAUGCCGACGAGUGGCGGGCUUUAUUACUGGACUCAUUACUAUGCAUCGCCGAAAUGGAGAAAUCCACUAAGCUUCCUGGUCGGAUACAGCAACACCCUUGGGUUGGUGGGAGGUCUGUGUUCGAUCGAUUACGGAUUCUCCCUGAUGUUUCUCUCAGUCAUCGUUAUAGCCCGCGACGGAAACUGGAGCCCAAGCAAUGGCACAAUCUACGGAGUCUUCAUUGCCACGGUAGCUUGCCAUGCCGCCAUUGCUUCAACCAUGGCCCGGAUCAUGGGCAGACUGCAGACCGUGUUUGUCGUGAUGAAUUUCGUCUUGAUAUUUGCGACCAUCAUUGCCUUACCGAUUGGAGCCAGCAAGCGCAAUAGCGCCUCCUACAUCUUUACGCAUGUCGAGAACUUGACCGAGUGGCCCUCGGGCUGGACCUUCAUGCUCUCUUGGCUCAGUCCCAUCUGGACCAUCGGUGGGUUUGACUCGGCAGUCCACAUCAGCGAAGAGGCCACGAAUGCUACCAAAGCAGCACCGCUAGGAAUUCUAUUCUCCAUCGGUUCAUGCUGGCUGUUUGGGUGGAUCUGUUGCAUUGUUAUCGCAGCGUGCAUGUCGCCAGAUCCGGAAAGUAUCUUAGGCUCGCCGUUUGGACAGCCCAUGGCUCAGAUCUACUAUGAUGCCCUCGGUAAAAAUGGAGCUUUAGGGUUCAUGGCCCUGUUGAUGAUUGUCCAAUUCUUGAUGGGAGUCUCAAUUCUGGUUGCCGCUUCUCGGCAAGCUUGGGCGUUCUCUCGUGACGGAGCAUUGCCCCUAUCCAGAUUCUUCCGACACAUUUCCAAGAAGUUUGGCUAUAUUCCCGUCCGCACGACGCUUGGGUGCGCCACACUAGCAGCCGUGCUCGGUCUUCUUUGUCUGAUCGCCCCCGCUGCCGCCGCAGCUCUGUUCUCUCUCGCUGUCGCGGGCAACAAUCUUGCAUGGGGCAUUCCCAUCCUCUGCCGUCUGGUCUGGGGUCAAAAGAAGUUCAGCCCCGGCCCUAUAUACACCGGUAGAGCUUCGACGCCACUCGCUUGGGCAGCCGUUACUUUCCUGGUGUUCGGUAUUCUGCUGUGCAUGUUCCCUGUGGGCGGGCCGAACCCGACCGCCGACAGUAUGAAUUACACCUGCGUGAUCAAUUCGGCGGUGUGGGGAGGGGCGCUGCUCUACUAUUACAUUGACGCCCGCAAAUGGUUCCGGGGACCACAGAUUACGAUCGAUCUGAAUCAGCUCACCGAGGAGCAGGCCGCGGCGCUGAGGGAGGAAGGGCUCAAGGAGGAAGGGACGAGUGGGCAUGCUGUUAUCGGUGGUGAGAGCACAAGCGUUUCCGCCGAUCUGAAGGACAGCUGA